AUGCCCGAGAAAGACAAGACCAACGACGGAGACUUUGAAUACAUCGACUACCAUCACUUCGAGGCCGUUCCUUAUGAUCGACUGAUGUCAUGGAAAGGGGGCGAAGGAACUAUAAAUUGGGAUCAUGGCGGUGUUAUUCGCAAGAGAGCGAAUGAGCCACUUGAUAAUCAAGAUCUUCCCAAGGAUACUGCCGUUCUUGUAAUGGACGCAUACUUCAAAUUGGUACCUAAAUAG